AUGAGACGCGACGUGAACGGUUUCUUCCUGAACAUCCGCAAUUGCAUCAUCUUCCCGAGACUCAACUGGGACGGCGAGGACGAAAGCAUCGCCGAAAACAAUGUCCGGGAAAGAAACCUUGGGCAGCCUAUCCUGAGCAGCUUGCUCAGCGAGUCGGGCAGUGACAAGGAUGCGAAGUUCGAAAAGUACAUUGCCUGUGUACGGAGCGAGGCUUCCGAGAAGAAGCUGGCCGAGAAGUACCCAGAAGCUGUCAAGUCUGGAAAGCUCUCCAUCUCACGAGGCAACAACGUCAAAGCUGCAAAGGAUUCAGACGUCGUCCUCCUCGGCGUCGAUCCAUCCGAUGUUGAGGAAACUCUGAAGCAAGACGGUCUCGCCGAUUCGCUGAGCGGAAAGCUUCUCAUUAGUCUUGCGGCCGGGUGGACGCGAGCGGAUAUUGAGAAGCUCAUUUCAUCAAGCAAAGACAGGGUUUGGGUUAUCCGCACCCUUCCCAACAUCGCUGCACAAGUUUCUGAAUCGCUCACAGCAAUUGAAGAUCCAGACAAGGACAUCCCGAAUGAGUUUAAGAAAAUUACCGAUGCCGUCUUCAACCAAGUUGGAAAGACUGCCCACAUUGAUCCUAAGCUGAUGAACGCUUCCACGGCCGUAGGGGGUUCAACACCAGCCAUGUUUGCCGUCAUUUGCGAUGCAUUGAUUGAUGCAUCGGUCGCCGUUGGUAUGCCUAGAGCAACUGCGCAAACUAUGAUCUACCAGAGCAUGAAGGGCACAGCUGCGAUGCUGCAGAGCGGCAUUCACCCGGGGGUCCUGAAAGAUCAAGGAACAUCGCCAGAGGGAUGCACGAUUGGCGGUCUGAUGGUGAUGGAGGAGGCAGGCGUACGAGGGCAUCUCGGAAAGGCGCUGAGAGAAGCGGUGACCAUUGCUCGUUUGAUGGGCCAGAAUCCUCAUGUCAACGACACACGGCAAGGACAAUAG